AUGAGUGACCGCUAUUUAGAACAAAGGAUUAGUAUCAAAUUUUGCGUGAAAUUGAGCAAGUCUGCAAGUGAAACCCACCAUCUUUUAAAAGAAGCUUAUGGGGACGAAGUCAUGUCAAGAGCCAGAGUUUUUGACUGGCACAAAAGGUUUAAAGAAGGGCGGGAAGAUGUUCGAGAUGAUGCCCGAAGUGGUCGUCCUGUCACCCAUCGGACGGAUGAAAAUAUCCAGAAGGUCAAGGACUUGGUUUGUUCAAACAGGCAGUUAACGGUGAGGAUGAUGGCUGAAGAGUUACAUUUAGAUAAAGAAACGGUUAGGCUCAUUCUGAAAGAAAACUUGAACAUGAGGAAAGUUUCUGCAAAAAUUCUAUCGGGUGUUUUGAAGAAUGAGCCUACACCUCGAAAACUUGACUUUCAGUCUGAUCUUUCAAAGAAAACUAGGAAAAAUAGCUUGUGUGUGAGGAAAAAGAUAGUUAUUUGUGUUUUCUGGGUCUGCACGGUCGAUAAAUUUUCAACGAGCAGUGAUUCUGUUCCUCAUCUUUCACUGCUUUAUGGGACUUCAGGGAACGAAAGCAUAACAUCCUGCUUUCCCAUAAGUUCUCUGGCUGCUACCCUGGCACCAAUUAAAGACAUGUCUAUGCAAUUAAUCAAAACCAAUUUGGAAGUUCUCUGCUGCUCCUCUGGUGUGUUGCCUGCUUCACAUACAGUAGUUCUUCAGCUGCAGUGA